AUGUCGUGCGAUGAUUCUAACGCUGUAGCUGUACGUGGCAACGAGGCCAGUGAAGCGAAAGGAACCACGAAGGAUUACUAUUUCGACUCCUACAGCCACUAUGGGAUUCACAUGGAGAUGCUCAAGGACUACCAUCGGACAACCAGCUACCGGGAUGCGAUAUGGAAGAACGCGUACAUGUUCAAGGACAAGGUCGUGCUCGAUGUCGGUUGUGGGACGGGCAUUUUAUCCAUGUUCGCGGCUCGCGCUGGUGCUCGUAAGGUGAUCGGCGUUGACUGCAGUAGUGUGGCCGUGCAGGCUCAAGAAAUCGUGAAGGACAAUGGCUUCGACGAUGUUAUCACGAUCAUUCAGGGGAAGGUUGAGGACCUGAAUCUGGACGAAAAAGUGGACAUCAUCAUCAGCGAAUGGAUGGGUUAUUUCUUGUUGUAUGAAUCUAUGCUCAACACAGUCCUGUACGCUCGAGACCGGUGGGGCACGCCGGACGUGAAGAUACUCCCGGACCGUGCCAAUAUGUACGCCUGCGGGAUCAAGGAUCCGCAGUACAAGGAGACAAAGUUUAACGUGUGGGAUAACGUCCUCGGACUAGACUUUUCGUAUUUUAAGCGAUUGAGCUACAUUGAGCCCUUCGUGGAUACUGUUGAGCAGGAUCAGAUCAUAACGGACAUCGUUCAAUUCUUUUCGUUUCAUAUCAACACGGUGAAGGAGGAGGACUUGUCCUUUGUGAGGGAGUUCACCUUAGUGGCACGGUGCACGGAAAGUUUGGACGCGAUCUCCGUGCAUUUCGAUACUCCCUUUGGUGCAGGCCAUGAGCUCGUAGUGUUGGAAACUUCACCACUAUUGCCGCCCACGCAUUGGCAGCAGACCGUCCUGUUUUUGUAUCACCCGCUUCAGAUGGAGAAGGGAGAAAAGGCGGUAUUCACGAUUUCGUGCAUGCCGAACACAGGGAACCCACGUGAUCUCGAUAUAUCACUUCACGUGGAUUUUGACGGGGCUUUGCAGUCCUGCCAUUACGACCAAGAAUUCCGUCUUCGAUAG